AUGGAAUCGAAUUCAAUCCAGCAUCCAAUUCCCCUAAAACCACUAGAUAUUCAGAGGAAUUUUGCUUCUCUUUUUAAGAAACCCUCGGACCUUGCAAAAAAUGGGAUUUCUGGUUUUGAUGAAAAUUCUGGAAAGAAUCUUUUGUCUUCAGCGAAUUGUGUGGUUAAUCAGUCUUCUAUGCCUCCGAUCUUGCCUUUGGUAUCUCAGUCGAUUCACUUUCCCCAUAUUUCUCAAGAUCCAGGCAUUUCUCAUAGAUCUUCAAACCCUCAGAUAUCUCGAUCUUCUUCUCUUCCUCAAAUUAACUUUCUUGGCCAAGAUUCAUCGGGGAUUCGGUAUCCUUUCACGAUUCAGAGUUCUAUGGUUCCUCAAAUUUCUUUGGAUUCUCACCUUUCUGUUCCUCAAGAGUCUUCGAUCGCGAAUGUCCCUUUGACUGAUUCUGGUAAUUCAUCUCUGGGGAAUGGUUUGUUAACUUUGGCUGGUGCUCCCAAAUCAGCGAAGAGGGUUGUUUACAACAAUGGCGAACCGGGAAUGUAUUGGACGUCUGAAGAAACCCUAGAGCUGUCGAAGGGUUUCAGUCAAACCCUAAUUGGGAAAUGCGCAUAUGGUAAGCAUUCACUGGGGGUCAUCAGAGAGUUUAUUGCUACAAAGUGGCUUCCCAAGGGAGAAAAUCAGAGACAAGUUUUUCAAAGAAAGGAGAUUGUUCAUAAGUCGGGGAUUGGGAAUAGAUUUAGUCCUCUGGUUCUUGAAGAACAGAGUCAUGUUGUGGAAAGUGGAGAAAAUUUGAAUGAGCUAGUUGCACGAAUGGGGGAAAAAAGCUAUUCACGUGAAGUAGAAGAGGAGGUUCCUAAUGUUUAUGGUAGAGAAAAUGUGGAAAUUCAAGGGGGUGGAUAA